CUCGGUGAUCAGCAUGAAGACUUCUCUUGUUCUCUCUACCCUUCUAGGGUUCGGCGCCGUUGCCUUCCCUUGGCUAUCUGCUGACUUCAAGGAGGAACACAUGAAGCGUGGUCUGGAUAUCAUCAAGAGAGACCCCGAGCUCUCAACCCUGAUCAAUGAUCUCUACCAGAAGCAAGUCAAGGAGAGGGACGACUUCUUUGCCAACUACAACGCGACAGAAGAAUGCGAAGAUGCCACACCUGCGGGUGUCGACAAAAGACAAACCUCAAACUGCAGGCCGCACCCUAUGGGUGACUUCUUUCCAUCUACAGUCGCAGGUUUGAAGAAGUUCCCUGAGGCAGCAUACCCCUACCAAAACCCUGAGUCGACUGACCAGCGAGGAGCCUGCCCGGGUCUUAAUACUCUUGCCAACCACGGCUACAUUCCUCGCAAUGGAAUAGUCACAGUCGCGCAGACCAUCACAGCCAGCGCUCAACUCUUCAACAUGGGAGCCGACCUUUCGGCCUUCCUUGCUGGUGGCUCACUUAUUUUCGCUGGUGACAUUCCCAGCAUGACUUAUUCCAUCGGUGGUGCAGAUGCUCGCACCAACUCUGUGGGCCUACUCGGUGCCGCACUCGGAACAGAGACUGGGUUGAGUGGCCAUUUGAGGUUCAAAGAGGGAGAUGCUUCUGGGACAAGGUGCGACUUCUAUCUCUGCAACGGUGAUAACCACAACUUGAACAAGGACGUCUUCAUGGAUCUGAAGAACCAGGCAAUGAUGGUUGGCGGUGGCCAAUACAACGUCAAGGCCGUGACCAGCCACUUUGCCAACCAAUACCAGAACUCUCGCUUGAAGAACCCAUACUUUUACUUCUUCCCUCCUCAGGCUGCGCUCGUCAUCGGCGCUACCUACUUCAUCCCUGGUUUCUUCUCGAACGGCACCAUCGGCGCUGGUGGUGUCGCCAACGAAGCAUCAAUUGCCUCCUUCCUUGGUGCUUCAUUCAAUGCCGAUGGUUCAUUCAAGGCAUACGUUCCCGAGCAGAUUCCUCCUCAGGGCUGGUACCGUCGCGCAUACCCCAUGCUGCUGUCUGAGGGUAUCGACGGCAUCAUCACCCUCUACACAGGUGCUGCC